UGCAGACAGGUGCGGCCGCCGGAGCCCCACCGUUGGUGGUGGCGCGUACAGCGCCUCCAAGCGGCGACUCUCCUUAGUUUCGGGCAAGAUGGGCGAACCUCGCCGGGCAGUAGCUUAGACUCUACCUACAAGACAACACAUACACUAAAUGUUUCCUAACCACAAGUAACAAUUAAUUGUACAUUUAUUUUAUUUAAGGGAACACAAACUCUAUUUUUGUAACAUGCUGUAUUAGUAGUGCUCCGUGGAAUUUGUACGAUAGUAAAAGGUGCGAGCCGCGUGAGAUACAACGGAAGAAGACGACAACGGAAAGCACGUAAAGAUAGGAAGGUUUCGCGAUAGCUGGAAGACCAAGUGUGAAAGAAGAGAAAUAAGUAAGAGGAAAACGGUGAUCGGAAGGACGAGGAGGGUGAAGAUUAAGGACUCAGAAGACAGGAACUGAAACGACGAGGACAACGACAAAGGGGACAAUCCCGACGAAGACGGCAACGAGGUGGAUAAGGACGAUCGUACCGCAACAGUGGCCGCCACUGAGGCUGAAAACGACAGCGAAGUAGGUGAUAAUUCUCGCGUAGUCUCUCCGCUCGUUGACUCAGCUCGGUGUAGCUAGCUGAUUCUCUCGGUGUGGUGCGUGUUUUAGUAACGAGUUACGACGUGGAGAAAAGUGUACGACUGAUAGUAGUGAAGUGUAUAGCCGACACACCCUCUUGACACUCGACAUCCGUCUCAUAUCGCCAUCGGUUCAGCUCUCUACCCCCUUCUUUUCUCAUCCUUCUCGCUCUUUUCUUUGGUACAUUUACGUAGUACACGCGUGUACAUUCGAUCACUGCAACAGAAAGCCGCACACAUCACGUCCCUCUUUCCUCUACUCUUCCUCCCGUCUCGACCCCUCGUCUCUUUGCGGAUCGUUCUGCCGUCUUCUUCUCUUUCUUUCGUACGGUGCAAAGUGAUUUAUCGUCGCGCUUGUUGCAUCGGAUUUCGUCGGUGUUAAAACCAUACCGACCGGCUAUCGUGUCCCUUUGCGUUCGUAACCAUACGUACCGUACUUCGUCCUAGCUCUACCCCCUCCCGAUAACCUCCCUCCCCUCCCCCUUCCCCCCUCGUUUUACGAAGCGUCUCACCCACACCUAUUCGUCCUCUCUCUCUCUUUAUUCCUCGCUCUUUUUCUGCCUCCGCUCCACCCCGGUUUAUCGGCCGAUCGGAGUGCAAAUUCGUUCGUGACCGUGCUGUGUGGGUUCUGCAUCUAACCAGUGUCGGGAGAUACGAAAAACACGGCUGACGCUGCUCUCUUGGCAACGCCAGACCAAAAGCCACCAACGACGUAUAAGUACGAUUAGAGAUUCAAGAGAGAGAGACACUUUACCGUAGUAAUAGGACCGACGGCACGGUAUCGUUUCGUUUGGCGCCACGAGCGAUAACACCGCUAAUAUGUCCGUGAGAAUGGAAAACGUAGCCGCGCCGAGGAAGCUCAACUAUAAAAUGAUGGGUACGAACGGUCCAAGACCGACGUACGUGGGUGCAAACAAUGGUAACGCCGGUGGCGCCGGGGGCGGCGGCGGUGGCGGCGGUGGAGGCGGCGGCGGCGGCGGCGGCGUCGGAGUGGGUCCAGCGAGUGGCGGCGGCGGCGGUGGUGGUGGUGGCGGCGGCGGAGGAGGCGGGCACGGAUUGAAGGGGAACACCGGCGGCGGGCCACGAGGCGGGAACCCCGUGCAGUAUCGUGCGAGCGGUGCCGCGGCUUGGGGCACAGUGCCGCCCUCUCACGCGGCUGCUGCUGCGGCCGCGGCUGCCUAUCCGUCGUACACGCGGUAUCCAAGCGCAGCAGCCGCAGCUGCGGCGGCCGGCCAGAUGCCCGUUGGAGCACAGCAACUACCGCCUACGGCAAAUCCUUACGCCUCCGCCACCUACGCACAGCACACGUCGUAUGGUGGACAACGGGUGCCAACGGCCUCCUCUCCAGCUAACACUAAUAGUAGUUGUAGCAGUGCUACUGGCAGUCAAAGCGGGACAAUGAGCACAAGUCUUAGCAAUAAUGUUAUACAAGGACAACAAGCAGAACAACUAUCAAAAACAAAUUUAUAUAUCCGUGGCCUCAACCAAAAUACAACUGACAAGGACCUCGUAAACAUGUGUUCUCAAUAUGGAACUAUUACUUCUACGAAGGCAAUUUUGGAUAAAAACACGAAUAAAUGUAAAGGUUAUGGAUUUGUAGACUUUGAGUCACCAGUGGCGGCAGAGGGUGCUGUGAAAGCACUGGUCGCCAAGGGCAUCCAAGCGCAGAUGGCGAAAGUGGGUAUCUGGUUGCUCCGUAGACUGCCCAGUGUACGUUGGUUGUGCAUGCAACAACAGGAGCAGGACCCCACCAAUUUGUAUAUUGCAAACCUACCAUUGAGCUUCAAAGAGAAUGACGUUGAAGGUUUACUCGCUCAAUACGGGCAAGUUAUUUCAACGCGUAUAUUACGCGAUACUGCUGGACAAAGUAAAGGUGUUGGAUUUGCAAGGAUGGAGUCCAAAGAAAAAUGUGAACAGAUAAUCCAGAUGUUUAAUGGAAAGGCACUACAAGGAGCUAAAGAUCCUCUAUUGGUGAAAUUUGCUGAUGGCGGUAAUAAGAAAAAAUCAUUAUACAAAAGUACAAUAUGGAGAGAAACUGGAGAGAACAUGAGUUUAAAUUACGAUACAAGCGGCGUUGGUCAAAACGGGGUUGCAACUACUCACAUGCUACCUGCAGCCACUUUAACACAAUAUAGUCGUCAUUAUGGCCAAGCUUUACCUGGUUACAGUGUACCAGGAACCCCUUGGGUUACUCCUUAUUUGGUGCAGACUGCCCCUCCACACAUGCAGCAGGUUGACAUGAUGCCAUCAGCUGAUCCUAGCAACCCACAGUACAGUAUGAUUCCUCAGCUUACUACACAAAUGUCUACAUUGCAUCUUGGCACUGGUUCCUACAUAGCAGCAAGUCCGCAUCCCUAUCCUUAUACUUACCCUCCUAGCAUUAUUCACACCAUGCCAUUGGGUGAUUCUGAACAGACAAGUAACGCCGCAUCUCCUGAUGACUCCUAUCAACAAUACCAAGCUCAGCAGCCUAAGUAGGCUACGGUUUUUAGAUACGAUUACACCGAGGGUUAUGUAAGUUAGGAGAGCCACACCUGUUGAUACACGAAGGAUUAUAUUAAUGAAGAAUAGAUGAGACUAAAUACAUUACAUAAAGUCAGAUAAGAUUCUUCCUCAUGAUAAUUGACUUGCCAGCCAUCUUUUAUACAUUUUAUCCACCAGAUAAAUAGGUGAAAGUAGUUAAUAUUUUCCAACGAUUAGAGAGUGAAUGUUGUCAUAAGAAGGGGUACGAGUGCUCGUGUCAUCUACAUUGUUCGGCACCAGCACGGCUCCAUACGCUGUAACGCCAACAAAUCAUUACGACAGUGACAAAAUUGAUAUUCUGCGACGGACAGUUUAGUGUCAAGCUGAUAGGCUUCCAGGAUUAACUUUAGGUAUUACAUUUACUAAGGAGACGAUAAGUCGAAGCUGAACGCUUGAGAGUGUGAAUAAAUAUUUUAACAAAAACUGUAAACUAUAAAAGAAACGCUGCUCAGAAAUAUACAAAGGAGAAUUCUUCCCAAGAAAUAAUAUAAUAAUAUACAGAGAAAAAGCACUUCCAAUGCUAGAGUUGAUAAAGUACAUUCAGAUUCAGUUGAUUGUAAUCAAUACCUACCGGACUCGUGCCAGCUGGCUGGCCGGUGGCUGGGCUGCAAAAGAAGAGGCAUUGACCAGUGUUCUUUUCUCGCAAAGAUGCUGAAGAAAAAACUCUUCCUUAACAGCACACACCACCCCAUCCACAAACUGCACUCUCAUCACAUUGUUUCUUUUUGUUUUCUUCUGUUUCGUUCAGACAUUCCAAGCUAGGCACAUAUAUUGUAUGUAUGUAUUGCCACGCGGAGAUUUUUAUCUACUUUUACAAGUACAGUUCGCGUUCUCAUUUUAAUCACGGACCGAAUAUAUUUUAUGGAUGAAAAGAAAGCGAAGAUUUGAAAAGAAAAAAAAAAAAAAAUACGAAGGAAAGCUUUAUUUCUAAAUGAAGAACUUCAAGAUAUAUGUAAUUAUUGUAACAAGAACGAAAGGAACAUAGUACUUUUUAGAGGAUUUAUAUUUAUGAGUACAGUUACUACGAAUCGAUAUCAGUUUUAAUUGUACAGUGAAUACAGAUAUUUUUUUUAGAAUUGUGCCUUUUCAGACAAAUCCGCUAGACAAUGGAUAUGCUGAAAAAUAUUAUAAUAUAUUUUUACGUCUGUAUGUAAAUGCGAAACUUGAGCCAAAUUUUGAUCUUCUAGUUAAGAGAAUAUAAUUGUUUUUGCGUUGUAGCCAGUUAAUAUCACUGCGUUUGUUUUUUGGUUACGAAUUCGAAUAGAUUUUGUAUGUGUAUAGUUGCCACUAAUGGGAUUGACGGGCCGAAACAACCGUACGGUCCGUGCGGAGUCUAGGAACAAAAAGAAAUCAAACGGCGGAUCUUUGUAAACCGAGAUAUACUUCACACCGCCCGAAGAAGAGAGACAGUAGGCUUGUUACGACGGGAUACGAUAGAUAGAGUGUAAAUUAAUUUAUUAUAUCGAACAAACGAAUAACGCGUUACUAAAUGAACGAGGAUAAUGGGACUGGAGGAGAACGGUAAGCGAGAGGAUCGAACGCGAAGGAACAAAACGAAAAGAAAGAUAAAAGUCGAGGAUUUUCAAUCUGCGCGGUAUCUCGA